UUUCUUAAAAAUUAAACAUUUUUAAGCAUGCGCAUUAAUUUGUUUAAACAUUUAAUAAAAAGUCAAUGUGGCGUUUUCGUUCUUCGAAAUUAAAUAGAGAACGAAAGCGAACUUUCUAUCAAAGUGAAAUUAAAAUCAUCAUUUAUUGACAUUGAAUAAAAAUAAUAUUUUAUUCAGUUCUAUUUGUUGUCAGUUAAAAUAAUAUAUGUAUUGUAUAAGUUGAUAGAUACAAUAUUGUCUUACAUUAUGUAAAAGAAUCUGUGUAUAAGAAUGUAUUGGUACGGAAAAUUGUUGCUCUGUUCUUUAAAUUACAACGAAUAAUACCAAGACAUAAAUAGAAAAAAAUACUAAUUUCCGGAUGGUAAUGAAAACGAUAUGAGUAAGGAUUUUUUUUUUCGUCAGGAUGUGGGGGCAUAAAAAAUUAUCGUGUAAUAUCAUCCCAUGAGAGUUUUUGUCAUCAGUAGUUUCUGGACGGUCGUAGAUGAAUAUUUAAUUUUUUAAAUAUAUUUAUAAUUCAGAAAACUCGAUUAUUUUAUCGCAAUGGAUAAGAAAAAUAAAUCAGAUAUAAAAAAUGAAAGUGUUGAUUUCGAAACGGCUAUUUCAUUGUGCCAAUAUGGGAAAUUUCAUUACAGUAUUGUAUUAUUAUGCGGUCUUAUAUUUUUAUUUGGAGGAUGUCAGAGCGGAAUAAAUGCUUACAUUAUUCCCGCAGCAGAAUGUGAUCUUAACUUAAACUCUCAUCAAAAAGGACUCAUCAAUUCAGCAUUUUUAAUUGGCGGUAUGUCAAGUUCAUUUCUUUGGGGGAUAUCGGCUAAUGCUUAUGGCCGGAAGAAGAUUCUUGUUGGUACUUUAUUAACUGAUAGCCUUCUCACGUUUUUAUCGAGUCUUUCUCAGAGCUUCGAGGUUCUCGUUGUCUUCCGAGCACUCGCUGGUUUUUUAAUCGGUGCUCCAGGUUCAUUAAUUUAUAAUUAUCUCGGAGAAUUUCAUCCGUCUAAAUUACGCGUUAGAUGCAUUUGUAUCAUCGGUUUUUGUUGGACAUCUGCUUCAUUAUUAUUACCAGGUCUCGCAUGGUUUAUAAUUCCUCUUAAAUUUUCAUUUGAAUUCGCGGGUUUUAUUUUAAAUUCAUGGAGGCUUUAUCUCGGAUUAAUCGGAGUUCCAACUUUUAUCAUGGGAUUUAUACUGACGAUGUACCCGGAAAGUCCAAAGUAUUUAUUAUCUCGCGGUAGAAAACAAGAAGCCCUUGAGAUUCUUGGGCAAAUCUAUGCCGUCAAUACUGGACGAGACAAGUCCGACUAUCCUGUCAGGGAAUUGAAAAUAUCCAGUGAUGAGAUUGAUGACAAAAACGCGUUGGCUGUUAUAGCUGCGGAUUAUUGUGAUGAUCAGUCUAAUUUACUUGUCAUAAAAAAACUUUUAGCGGACGCAUGGCGACAAGUGAUUGCUCUGACGUCUCCUCCUUUAGUAAAAUGGGCUGUCUUAUGCUGGACUAUUUAUUUUACUAAUUUAUUUGGAUGGUACGGACUCGGCAUAUGGAUGCCGGAAUUACUGAAUCGGUUUGAAAAUUUCUAUCUUCUUCAUCCAAAUGUGACGACUGCAAGUAUAACUGAGCUGGUAUCGUUGAACACAACGUCUACAGCAAUACGUAGAUAUGACUGUGAAAACCAUAGUAUGAAUGAAAAAGUAUUUAUUAACACAUUAAUAAUAAACGCCGCAUGUUCAAUAGGAAAUAUUAUGUGUAUUUACUUAUCUAAUCACGUUGGACGACGUACCAUCCCCGUAACAACAUCAAUGGUAGCCGGUGCAGCGGGAAUUGCUUUGUACUUCGUUAAAUCACCAACACAAAUCAUAAUAAUAGCUGGUAUAUUUUCAGUAGCAAUGACUGCCGCAAAUAUUGUUUUGAAUAGUGUAAUUGUUGACAUAUUUCCAACUCAUGUUAGCGCACUCGCGAUGAGUAUGAAUUCAUGUUUCGGGCGCAUUGGUGCCAUUGUUAGUAAUAUCGCAUUUGGAUUACUUGUUGACGUCAGCAGCGAAGUACUCAUUUUUCUUGUGGCUGGUACUAUAAUCGCGGGUGGUCUGCUGUCGUUUUUACUGCCGCUAAAAAAAAAUCCUAAAAUAGUGUAAACUUAAUGAGUAAAUAAAUAAAUAAUUAAUAAUUAAUAAUUAAAAGUAAAUAAAAAAUACAAACGUUUUAAUAGUUAAUCUCAUGUAUAUUUUUUGUUUAAAAAGUUUUUUUAAUUUUUUUAGUUUUCAUAAAAAUCAAUAAAAUAAUCCAGUCAACUUUGUUUCAUCUUACAUAUAUAUACGUCAUUUGUUUUAGUAUAUUUAUAUUUUUUUUUUAGUCA